AAUAAUGAUAAUGAUAUAAUAGUUCCGCGGUUUUAAUAAGAAUUUUUUUCGGGCUUCCUCUCCGCUUGUUCGUGUCGCCACCGCCCGUCCAGCACCGCCACCUCGCCGGAGACGUCUCACUGCGGGAGUGGGAGGGAGUGCCGGAAUGGGGAGGAGUGUCGGGGGCGCCGCUGUUCCCACUCUCUCUAGGGUUAGGUAGGCGCGUGCACACCGCGCUCUCGCACCCUAGCAGCCACCGCUCGGCUCCCCGUGCGGGCAUUAGCUGCGCGGUCGGUGCGGGCGCAGUGAUCCAGCCGCCGCCGUUGAGCUCCGGGGAGGGUGCUACUAUCCCGGCUUGCGCUAUGGAGCCGUCUCCCUCGCGCGCGCCCGCGCCCACCGGUUGCGUGCUCGACGCGAGCUCCGGGCUGUGACGGGGAGGAGGGGAUCUCAGGCGCCGACCUGGUGUGGCCGCUGUCCCUUCCCUCUCUGCGAGUUUAUUGAAUUUUUUUGGAGGUUUUUGAGCUGUGAGUGCGUUUUUCAAUUUGGGCUUGACGGUUACUAGCCUUUUGGAGGUAAGUGGUGCUCGAAUUGCGGGAAGUUUCGCGUGAUUUUUGGUUGCUUUGCGUGAUCUGAGCUUGCACUGGGCGGAAAUGCUUUGAUGCGGUUGCAGCAUUUUUUUUUUGUCUGUUUCGGCUUUUAUUUUGAUCACAGGUUGCUCGUGUGAUCUUCGAGCUCGUCGAGGUCGAUGUUCAUCAAUAAAUUUUUCCCGUCCUUUUCUGCGCUGGUUUAUGGACGGUUGUUUCUGAGCCCAUAGUUUUGCACGGAAUUUUGUACUUUCUUUAAUCGGUAAAACCGAGGGGUUCUGAUCCAGAAUUUUGAACCACAAAGCUGUAGAAUCUUGCCCCGUGUUCCAUGCCCCCGAUUUUCUUCGAGGCUCACAUUUCCGUGCGUUUCUUCAUCGAGGUUUCUGUGCUUAUUCUUUGAAUUUUUGAUCCGUUUGAACCGAGCUCCCGGAAGCGUUGAAAGUUGGUGUGUUUGUUCGUGUUUUAAGGUCCGUGGUGCGACGCGGCACCCGCAGGAUGCCGACCGAGCAGAGGCGCCACAUGCCCCCAUUCCACCUUCUUUCUCCGGAGUCUGAAUCGCCCUUCUUGACCGAUGAGCUUCGGUGGCACUGAGAGACAAGUUGGACUUUUGAAGCCAGGUUACUUUCCUGAGCAUGCUGGCAGAUUUUCAUUAAUUUUGGGAAGCAAGUCUGUUGCAUCUUCUCCACUUCAAAAGCUCAAGGCUGUUGGUACGACGGUAGUGGAUCAGCUAAUGGACCAGGAAACUCCAUUUGGCCUUCAGGACAAGCUGUUGGGCCAAAAAAAUGUUAACUUGCUGCCAUCUUCCUGGAGAGCUGAUCAAGAUCCUGUACACCAUCAUGAUUCAUUUUCCAAGCUGUUGGCUUUACCUCUGGAAGGGAGAAGGGAGAAUUUAAAUGGGACCCAAUAUGAAAGUGGACUUUUCUCGAGCUCCCUUCCAGACAUUUUUUACAAGAAAAUAAGAUUAACACCAAAGAAGGGCAUUGUUGGUCAGCUUGUUGAAAAAGUUGAUCUCAACCAUGUUGAUGAUGAGCCUUUUGAGUUGACCAAGGAGAUUGAGGCCCAAAUAAUUGGUGAUCUGCUCCCUGAUGAUGAUGACUUACUGUCAGGUGUUCUUGACGAUGUUGGGUAUACUGCCCAAGCUAGUAAUCAGGAUGACAUUGAUGAUGAUAUAUUCUAUACUGGAGGCGGAAUGGAAUUGGAAGCUGAUGGAAAUAGCAAUUUGUCAGAAGUUAAUGGUGGAGCCAAUAAUGGUCAAACUAGGUUAAAUGGCCAACUGAAUAGUGAACUACCCUCGAGAAUCCUUUUUGUCAGAAACAUUGAUAGCAAUGUCGAGGAUUCUGCAUUGAAAUUCUUAUUUGGGCAAUAUGGAGACAUCCAUACACUAAACGCUUCUUGCAAACAUCUCGGUGUUGUUAUGGUAUCUUACUAUGAUGUAAGAUCAGCAGAAAAUGCUAUGAAGGCCCUUCAAAGCAAGCCACUCAGACGUAGGAAACUUGACAUACAUUACUCCAUUCCAAAGGACUAUCCUUUGGAGAAAGAUAUUACCCAGGGCACACUUGUAGUAUUUAACCUUGACACUUCUGUAACUAAUGAUGAUCUUCACCGCAUAUUUGGUAUCUAUGGUGAAAUCAAGGAGAUUCAGAAUACUUCAGACAAUUGUCAUCACAAAUCGAUAGAGUUUUAUGAUGUUAGAGCAGCUGAAGCUGCACGAUCUGCCUUAAACAGGAGUGAUAUUGCAGGAAAGCAAAUCAAAUUGGAGCCCAGCUGUCCGGGUGGUACUAAACGUUUGAUGCAGCAGAUGUCUCCUGAGUUGGAGCUGGGCCAGUUUGGUGUAUGCAAACUGGGAAGUAAAAAUAGUCAUUCAACAUGCUUUGGUUCCGUCAAUAUUGCAUCCAUCAAAUCCACUGGUCCGGAAAGUGGAACCGUUCAGGUUUUAGCUUCUAGAGUUCAGACACCGAUAUACCAAUUCAGACAGGGAAAAAGUUUUCUGGAUCUUCCCUCAACUACCAUACCAGGUAUAUCCUCUCCUGUUGGAAUUGCGGAUGCAGGGUCACAAAGCAACCACUAUGCUCUUGAUGAGCACAACCAUUUACAUGGAAAGAUGAAUGGACAUAAUAAUGGGCAAAUGGAUUGUGGCUUUCAAGACACUAGUACUUUUCAUCCUCAUUCUCUACCUGAGUUUAACAAUAGACAAACUAAUGGUAUCCCUUAUAACUUAAGCAUAAUGCCAAUCAUUGGUUUUAAGAGCAAUGCUAGAGCUGCUGAAGCAAUGGAUGGGAGGCAUAUUUACAAAGGAGGUUCUGGGAGUCUGAGCGAUCAUUCUUCUGCUCAUACUGAAGGACUCGGGUUUUCAAUAACUAGCAACUGCCACCUCCAUGGUCACCAAUUAGUGCGGAGUAAUUCAGUUAACUUACAUCAUCAGCCCUCUUCUCCCAUGCUAUGGCCUAGCACUGGCCCAUUUAUCAAUAAUAUGCCAUCUCGUCCGUUGAUGCAAGUGCAUGGAAUUUCAAGAGCACCAUCUCACAUGAUUGAAAAUACCAUCCCUAUGGAUCAUCAACAUGUGGGAUCUGCACCAGCUGUCAAUCCAUCAAUUUGGGAUAGGCAGCAUGGGUAUGCAGUGAAGAUGAUGGAGGCAUCAGGCUUCCAACCUGGGAGUGCUGGAAGCAUGGGUUUUCCUGGCAGUCCACAUCUGCAUCGGUUGGAGCCCAAUAGUAUGUUUCCUCACACAGGAGGAACUUUCAUGGACCCAGCCAUGUCUCCUGCACACAUGAGUGCUCCAUCUCAGCAUAGGGGGCAUAUGUUCCAUCGAAGGAGUCAUAUGGCUCCCAUCCAAUCCUCAUUUGAUUCACCUGGUGAACGGAUGCGGAGCCGAAGAAAUGAGCUGAGUCCUAGUCAAUCUGACAAUAAAAGGCUGUAUGAACUUGAUAUUGAGCGUAUAGUCCGGGGCGAAGACUUCCGAACUACACUGAUGAUAAAGAAUAUCCCAAACAAGUACACGUCAAAGAUGCUUUUGGCUGUUAUUGAUGAAAAUCAUAAGGGAACUUAUGAUUUUAUCUACCUGCCAAUUGACUUUAAGAAUAAGUGCAAUGUUGGUUAUGCAUUCAUCAACAUGAUCAAUCCUGAGCAUAUUGUUCCAUUUUAUAAGUCAUUUAACGGGAAAAGGUGGGAGAAAUUCAAUAGUGAGAAAGUGGCAUCACUUGCUUAUGCUAGAAUCCAAGGGAAAUCAGCUCUAGUUGCUCAUUUCCAGAACUCAAGUUUGAUGAAUGAGGAUAAACGCUGCCGCCCUAUACUCUUCCACUCAGAUGGUCCGAAUGCAGGAGAUCAAGAACCAUUCCCUGUGGGAAUGAACGUCCGUUCCAGGCCGGGGAGAUCCAGGAUUUUGAGCUGUGAAGAAAACCACCGUGACAUCCUAUCUGCUCCUGCCAAAGGCGAGAAUCCUCCGAAAAGAUGUGGUGACAUUCCAGGCUGCAUCACCAGGGAGACUGUGACCCAACCUCUGCCGCGUGAAGCACUAACCACAUCACCCAACUUUUGACUGUUGCAAUCCAGUUUUCACAUUUCCAUCCUCUUCUACCUUUGAAUAUGUACUAUGUUCUGUGAUGCGUUGGUCACCGGAGGCUCACGAGACUGGUUGCAAAUUUUGUCGCUGACGGAAACCAGGAGGCUAUCAAUCUGGGGUGCUCCUAGUUUCUCCGAAGCUAUUUGGUUAACUGUUAACCAAAGGCCGCCGCGGGUGGUGAAAGGCGCAGGGAGUGCUUUGAGAUUUUGGGCAGUAUAAGAUGUAGCCCUGUGUGUGUACAGCUGUUUUCGGUAAGGAUGUGUGGUAGGGGAAGAGGGAAAAACUCUCGCUCUGUUUCGUGUGCUGUUGUAUGCAAGGCUGGUUGCCCCUGCUUGUGUUGAAGCCAUCUUUGAUGUAUUAA